CAUGAGCUUCCGCAGCACGCCAACACAACACAAACACAAUACGCGCCCUCUAAGCCAGCACUCUGAUCGGACCGUUCAACCAACCGCGAGGAUUGAUUCCCAAAAGUGUCCACCGUAGACUUGCCCACACCUAAUCCAAUUGAAAUCGAAAAGAACCCGCGCGAUUUUGAAUCACUCUGUCCCUCCGUAUUCUCUUAUUUUAUUUGGUUUCCUCUUGUUUUGUUUAAAGACGCAUCAUCGAAAGCUGAAGAGUGAGAUUCAUAGUUGAUCGUGGAUGGUGAAGACGAAGAUGAAGGGGAAAAGCAAUGGCAUUGGAAAGAAGCAGAGUAGGAAAAUGAAAGGCACGUUGAGCAACACCACCACGCGUCACUUGCAGCUUAAGCUAGGUCAAGUGUCCCUCUUUCCCCUUCAAUCUUCUGCUUCUUCAGCCUUCCAGAACCUUCUCGAUGCCCAACCUCCGCAUCAGUCUUCCUCGCACGCCGACGACACUACCGACAGAGACUUCAUUCUCAGCCAGGACUUCUUUUGCACUCCGGAUUACAUAACCCCUGAUAAUCAGCGUAAUUUGAACGCCUUUGACUGCAAUAUGGAAAAUACUCCUUGCCCCAAAUCGCCUGAGAAGCUGAAUACUACAAAAAGCAAGAGAUGUCGACUGGAUGCAAUCUCAGUACACCCUCUCAGCCCUACCUUUUCUAGUGACCAUCAACCAGUUGUGGAACUUGGAAAGGACUCUGGUACCGAAGAAGUGGCUGUUGAGAAAAUAAUUCCAGCUGCUAAGCCGAAGGGUCAAAAUUAUGUGUCACAUUCUGCAGUUACAUUACGUUGCAGGGCUAUGCCUCCUCCUUGCUUUAGGAACCCCUAUUUGAAAGACGUUUCAAAAACGGAGAUAGAUCCUUUUGAAAACCAAAGAUUAAAAUGUGCAGGUCUCUUCCCUGCAGUUACUGGUGGUGAUGGGCUUUCACGCUAUCGUACUGACUUUCAUGAAAUUCAGCAAAUUGGUAGAGGGAAUUUUAGUAGUGUUUUUAAAGUAUUAAAACGAAUAGAUGGCUGCUUGUAUGCUGUGAAACACAGCACUAGACAGUUACGGCUGGAAACAGAAAGGACAAAAGCUUUGAUGGAAGUUCAAGCUUUGGCAGCCCUAGGUUUGCAUGAGAACAUUGUGGGCUACUAUACUUCUUGGUUUGAAAAUGAACAGCUGUACAUUCAGAUGGAGCUAUGUGAUCACAGCUUAUCCAUAAGAAAAUGUUCACAGUUAUUUACAGAAGGACAGGUGUUAGAUGCCUUAUUUCAGGUUGCCAAAGCACUGCGAUUUAUACACGAGAAGGGAAUAGCUCAUCUAGAUGUCAAACCUGACAAUAUUUAUGUCAAAAAUGGUGUUUAUAAGCUUGGUGAUUUUGGAUGUGCAACUCUUAUUGACAGUAGCCUGCCAGUUGAGGAGGGCGAUGCUCGUUAUAUGCCCCAGGAAAUCCUUAAUGAGAAUUAUGAUCACCUUGACAAGGUUGAUAUCUACUCCUUAGGAGCUUCUAUUUAUGAACUAAUUCGUGGGUCGCUUUUGCCAGAAUCAGGAGAUCAAUUUUUAAAUCUUAAAGAGGGCAAGUUAACACUUCUGCCUGGUCAUUCGUUGCAACUUCAAAACUUGCUCAAGGUCAUGAUGGAUCCUGAUCCGGUUAAGCGGCCUUCUGCCAAAGAAUUGGUAGAGAACCCAAUUUUUUGUAGACUCCAAAGAACAGCUUGAAGUUGAUAAAUCACGACAUGUUUUGGUCUUCAGUUGGAUCAUGUAAGAUAGGUCUUGAUUAUGUCAUGACCAAUUUUGUGAAAUAUCUUUUCGAUUAUAAAUGCACCAGAUUUUGCUCGAGCAUGGUGCAUAUAUUAUAAAUUCAAUGGUCCACUGUGUUUUCUGGAUGAUGUGCAAAUGACAAUUGGCAAAGAGAAAUCCCUUGAAGUAAACAGUUGACUCUUGUUA